AGGGUGACGCAAGGAGGAGUUGGAGGCGAAGGCGAAGGUGGGAGCGGAGGUUCGAGGAAGAGGCAGCGACGGUGGCGGAGGCGGCCGACCGAUCGCGAACGCGAGGGACUCCGAAGGGCUCCGUAAGGACUCGAAAGGGCUCGGAAAAGCUUUGCCAUUGCCACCCACUGACCAAUGCUUUCCAACCUAAACGAACAUCCCCUUUCUAGUCUCUCUCUUUUUACUCUCGGGCUUACGUCGAAAAAUGAAAAAUCUCCUUCUUGGAAAAAAUUUCCCUCUCCGUGACGUUUCGUCACGUCUAACUUUUCGCUAUCGCGUCGUGACGCAAUGUUAAAAAUAUUUUUUAAUUUUUUAAUCGUUGAACAUGCAGAAAUUACCGUUUGAUAAGCUUGGUAUUAUUCUUUUAUCACGUAGCUUGUCAUCUGUAAGAACGAACGAACAAAGAUUUUGAAUCGAUUUCGUGAGUUCACGAUACACACAACAAGUUUAUAUUACUAUCCAACUUUUUUCUCCGUCUGGUCUAAACAUUCUUUCAGCGCGCAAGCGGCGCUAUAUAUUCCAAGCGCAUAGAUCAUAAUACAAUAGCGUAGGUCAGGAAACAGGGAAGAUACGCAGGCCGCUUGCCAUGUGCUCGACGACGCAUUUCGCUUCGAGUUACUCACCCCUCCCGCCUUCGAUGAUCGCCCUCGCUCACUCUGUGUGCCCCAUAUUUACUCUUUGGUAUUGUUAUUAUUACUUCUGUCGUUUUCACUAAACUGUCCCCUACUUACCGACGAUGCAGCAUCGUUUCUUUCUCUAUUGCUUUUACGUCGGCAAUGUCUUCUACGUUACCGACCACCGAUUAAUUCUAAUACCAUAUAAAAUAUCCAUUUACCUAUCGUAAUCUAUCUUAUCCGCUGAUAAUAUGGGCUCGUUAAUACGAAUGAAAUAUUAUUAACUAGACAUUUGAACCAUUGUCAUAUAUGACCUCCAUUAUGCAAUAAUGAUUAUCCUAGAUGAUGAUAAUUAUUCUAGAUGGCGUCACCUAAUGAUCAUCUCUUAUCGCGCGCUUUUUGAUUUAUACGAAUCCUCUGUAUAUUUUUCUCUCCAAAUCUUGAAUGCCAGCAAUCCUACGCUCCCCAUCGUGGUUAAUCAAUUUUCGCAGCGGUAACAGUUUCGAGUGUGCAACGUUCUUGACGAGUCUCCUAUUAGGACAAGGAUAUAAUGCAUUUGUAGUUUUUGGCUAUGCAUCCCGCGAACAAGUUCAAUACAAUAGAACCAAAAUCUCCUGCCCGUAUUUACCGGAAGAUUUGAAAGAAUUAAAACUGUCGAAAGAAGAAGAUGUUAAUUUAAUGUAUAAAUUGAAACCUCCGGCGGAUUUUAGAAGCAAAUUUUUAUUGAAACUGGAUGCCAGAGAAAAGCUUAAACUGGAAACUGAAGUCCAAGAGGAAGAAGAAAAGCAAGCUAGAAUUAUAAUUGAAUUGGAAAAACCACCACCAGAUAAAUAUUAUGGAUAUAGAGUUCAUGCAUGGGUCGUCGUCUUACCUGCUCUUAAUAAUAUGAAAGAAAGACAAGUUAAAAAUCCAUUCUUUAUCGAGCCCUCGUCCGGAGAAAUGUACGAUCUGCUCGAUCCUCGAACUAAUCUUUUAUACCUAGGUGUAGAAAGUAUCUGGAAUGAUCAAAAUUAUUGGAUAAAUAUGCAGCAGGAUUCGACGAUCGGUUGUGACAAAAUAAAUUGGAAUUUAACUCUAACGGAGCUAUGGGAGCAUCUACUUCCUGGCGAAUCAUGGAUUAUGCCGGACGUUGAGGAUGAUCUAAACGAAGAAUUAAAUAUUGAGAUAGAGCGGGAGAAACACUUAGAUAUGCCCUCCUCCUAUGUAAAUGAAAUAUACAUAAAUAGUUUAGAUUUUGAGAGGCGAUAUCCUCGAGGUCAUAAGACAAUAUUUUACAAGAAAGUUAAAGUAGAUUUGUAUGCUCCUUAUACGCAGUCAGAUGGAAUAAUAGAAAAACUAACAAUAUAUGAUGAUUAUGAGUAUACAACUCCGAUUGAAAUUUAUGAAAAAUAUGCUAAUAGGAGCGAUAAUUUAAUAAAAUCACGAAGAAACUUGAAUACCAAUUAUAUUAUCGAUUACUAUGAAAGGGGUCGCUCUGAUGCAUGUAAAGAACAUCGCUAUUAUAAUCACGACAAUAGUUCAUUCGUAUUUAGCGAAAGAGUAUUAUGCUUCUAUGACAUGGUUCGUCUUGAUGGAUUAUCAGAAAUCCAUAUGUAUCCUUUCCGUUUAACACAAUAUUAUGUUAAUCGUGAAGAUCUCCUGUACUACAGGAACGCCGAGUUCUCGCCGUAUAAAGAUGAAUCUACAAUAGAAGGAAUACAUUAUCGUUAUAUUCAAACGAUAACUGAAAAAUAUCAUAGGAAUGAAGUACUACCGGCAUCUAGAGAUAUUGCUGUACGUGAAUUUGUUUUAACGGAAAAAGAGAUACAUCUGAAAUUUCAUUAUGAAGAAGAAAGAAUCACAAGAGCUAUACGGGUAUAUAAGAAGCCAGAAACAGGAGAACAUCUUAAUAUUCAUACCGCUAUCAUUCAAGGAUACAACUCGGAUAUUAUGUCACCGCCUGAAAAAAGCUUACAUCUAUUUUAUGAAAUAGAAAAAUUAUUAAAGGAGGAAGACCAAUGUGUAUCUAAUAUCAGAGAUGCCGAAACUGAAAUUUCUUUAUUUAUAAAAAGACGAACGAGCGAAUAUUUAAGUCCAAAUUUAAUGAUUUCUUCGUUCGACAGAAAUAGAAUUGAUACGGGAAAAUCUAUAAAGGCUACAACAACGAUAUCUUCUUCGCAAGACAUUGCAAAACCUCCUGAUCACUUGGCUCCGUACUUGGCACGAAUAGGAAAUCCAAAGCAGAUAAGUAAAGCUCAAGCAUAUCUAUUACGAGAAGAUUGUCUAAAUGAUUUUAAGCAAUCAGAGGUGGAUAAAGGGAAUCUUAUUUUACGUCAAUCUGAAAAACUUACACAGAAACUGAAUGAAUUGCAAAUGUUACUAACACAGAAUGAAGAUUUAACACGGGAGGAAGAAGAAGAGUUUAUAGCAAAAAGCAACGAAAUAACCUUUAAUCUGCAGUUGUUGGAUAUAAAGUUAGAACGUCAUAAGAAUUUAGUUCCUAUACGAUAUAAAAUGCUAGUAGAGCUUUUACAGGAAGACGAACGUCUUUCCAGUCUCUACAAGUAACAACAUAUAUUAACAGUAAGUUAAAAACAAUAAGGAACUUUUAUAUUUAUAUAGAUAAAUGUUACUUUGUCUUUUCGUGUGUGUGUGCGUGCGUGCGUGCGUGCGUGCGUGCGUGCGUACGUGGAUGAUGCGUGCGCGCGUGGCUGCUGCGUCAUGCGUGCGUAUGUGUCACUUGUCGCAUUAUUUCGAAGUGAAGACUAUUGGAAAGACCAAGAACCCAUUUGCCCGAUGCAUCGACCUAAAACAAUUGGAUCCAUUUCAAUAAAAUUAAUAAUUAAUAGAUUAAACGAUUAUUUGCAUAAGUAAAGAAAAAAUAUUUCUAUAGUAUAGUAUCACCUUCAUCAUCAAACGUUGCCAAAGUAAAUUUGCUAAGUUUAUUCGUAAAACUACCAGUACUGUAGGUAGUAGUUGCAGAAUGAUCCAAUUGACGUUCGCUAUUUGUACCAUCAUUGUGAGAACUGUGAUUGCGAUUUUCCUCGGCAAAACCAGAAAUUAAAGUGUCCAUCAUUAUUGCCUGAUACAUAUGUAUUAUCUUUAAUAUUUAUUAUUUCCUUAUUAUUAUUAUUAUUAUUAUUAUUAUUAUUAUUAUUAUCAUUAUCAUUAUUAUUAUUAUUAGUGUUGUUAUUUUAUAAAACACACUUGUCUCGAGAAUACUUGUAGAAUUUUAUAAACGCGUGCACCAUUUUCUCUAACAGGAAAUUGUAGAAACAAACAGGGCAGACAAUCGGGGUUUCUUUCGUCGGAAGGUUUUGCCAUUUCCCAACUUAAUUCCGAGUAUUUCAAUCCUAAUAGAAGACUCUGUUAAAGAAAACUAAAUCGUUAUGGAUAUAACAAGAAACGAAUGAAAGAUGUAAAUUUGUUGACUUACACAUUGCAUAUCAUCUACAAUGUAUACUCCCGAGGUGUUGAUAGCAAUCAGGACUUGUAAGUCACGAUUCGUAAUCCAUGAUGCUAGUCCUCUCACAGGACGUUCAAUUUGUCCUUGAAAAAAGGCAGCACCAUAACAAGGUAGGCCCCAACAAAAUUCAAGAUACUUCCUAAUAAGUUUUCUUGGAUUUGUAUUCGCCCCAGUAUGAUUAGGUAUUCGUUUAUAUUGUUCCAAAAGGCGUGCUUCUGGUGCUCCUUUACCUCCCACCAAACCUAAUCCAAGUCCUAAUCCUAAUAAAAGACUCGGUGAUGUGUAAUGAUGUGGUAAAAAUUUUCCUCGGUGCCUUCUAAAAAAUGCCAAUGUGUGUGUUUGUGAGUUAUACGGGCCUAUUUCAAUACGUGCUUGUAAUGCUCCUAAGCUUGCAUAUCGUGCUUGCCCUUCGCAUGGAUAUCUACCUAUGACAACGACAUACAUUUUUGAACUAAGAAUAAUAUAAAUAUAUAUAUAUAUAUAUAUAUUCGCGCGUAUCUCUCUUAGGAUUAUUAAUUUAUACCUUAUACCUUGUUAUCAAAGCUUAUUACCUUGUAAAACAUUGUGCCUUGCUUCUGCAUACAACAGUUCAAGUACUUUAGCCUCCUUUAUUUGCUCUUCGUCGUAUCUAGAAAGAAACACAUUCCUGCGAAAGUAUAAUAAAGGUUCCUCGUCGGUUCCAUCUCUUUGCGAACCAUAUUUUUUAACUAAACGGUUCCAUUUGGCGGCUAAUUCUAUUGGCUUGUGAUUCGGUCUUAAUUGAAUCUCCAAUUGGGAUGAGCAUAGCCAUAAAGCAAAUACUGGCUGCCCGAUUAAAGGCGGAGCUCUUGCCAAUCCUAAUUCUCCUUCCGUUUGUACUAUAGUUAAAAUUUGUUGUGCGGUCGAGCUUUGCUCAACUUCCAUUGUUACAAAUACUCCAGUCAUUAGGUAUACUGCUAUGCGCACAGUAGCUCUUCCAGUAUUCAUAUACUGUGCUUGGCUCAUCAUCAUUGCUUUGUUAAUGAUGAUAAUAAUAACAACAACAACAGAAGAGAAAUUUAGUAAAAAUAGCUUGUCGAAAAAGUUGCUAUAACAGAUACUCACAAAGUGAAGCAUGUCCGUCGUUUUUAUAAUCAUUUGGAUAUCGUUGCACCAGUUGGCCCCUUCGAACCGAGCAAUCCUCCUGUGUUUCCAUAUUUUUUUAAGGAAGCUCUUUUAUCUUCUCACCAGAAACAAUCUUCUUUCAAACGUUCGUUUGAAAUCCUUACGUGCGCAAAUAGAGUUUACAAUUAGUCAUUAUGUGUUCGAACAAGUAGUGCAUAUUUUCCUUUGUUUGCAACAUUAUGUUUAUAUUUUUACGCUUAUUCAAACUGAUUGAAUAUUUGUUACGUUUAUGUGACUUUUUCUAGACAAUUAAAUUUCCUUACUGUCUCCUUUUUCAAUUAUUAUAAUAUCCAUAAAAUUAUAAUAAUGGUAAAAUGUUAAAUUUAUAGUUUAUACCUUACAGAAUAAUUCUCGUAAUAAUGAAAUUAAUUGAGCUGUACGAUAUAUUAGAUCGAAUGCACGAAUUUUUGCUGAUAUUUGUAAGACACUAAAAGAGUGUCUCAUAACAAGAAUGCACUGCCAUCUAAACCAUAGGUCCGAUUAUUGAUUAUUCUGGUUCAAGAAGACAUAAUGUUUUAAACAAUCAUUUCUUCCUACAAAACAUAUUAUGUACAGUUACAUUUCAAGAUACAUAUCAAUUAUACGUAUAAUUUAUUCAUAUAUUAUGCCCUUUUUUUCUUUUCUUUUCUUUUCUUCUCUUCUCUCUUUUUUAUCUUACGAUUAUGUACCAUCGAUUUUCAUUACUACGAUUUAUAUAAAAGUAUAUAUUUAGAAAAAGAAAAUUUA